AACGUAGUUUCGUCUCUACCACAAUCUUUCACUACCGCUUCACUCUUUUAGCGGGCAUUCGCUUUUACACCAGACACUAUCGUCGAUUAAUAUACCAGGAAAAAAAAAACACCCCCCAAGGGCAACUCUAAUUCACCAUGAAGGGAUCCAUCCUCGCUGUCGCAGCCGCCAUCGGCGGUGUCAGCGCCGCUGCUCACCGUCACGCUCAAGCUCACGGUCAGCUGUUCAAGAGAGGCGUCGACCAGGCCUCUGUCUGUGUCCCCGGCUGCACCACCAUCUACACCACCAUUUACGGCGAGCCUACGCUGGUUCCUAACAAGCCCAGCAGCGCGCCCGCCGUCGUCCCCUCGGCGCCCGCGACAACUGAAGCCCCGCCGAAGCCCACGUCCACUCAGAAGCCCUCCGUGGAUGUGCCGACCCCCGUGCCUGAGGUCUGCCCGACCCCGGGUACCUACACCUUCCCGGCCACCACCAUCACCGUCAGCCAGACCACCACCGUCUGCGCUCCUGAGACCACCAAGGUCCCUGCCGGCACCCACACCAUCGGCGGUGUCACCACCGUUGUCGUGAAUGCCACCACCGUCGUGUGCCCCUACGCCACCGCAAAGACAUCCAACGGCGUCGUGACCAGCGUCGUCGAGACCACCACCUACGUGUGCCCUACCCCCGGCACCUACACUAUCGCCCCGACGACCACCACUGUCACUGCCCCGGCCAACAUCGUUUACCCCGUUGUGACUACGGUCACCCCUGGUAUCUACGUCCGCCCGCCCAUUGUUACCACCAUUACCGAGACCAGCGUCGUUGUUGUUUGCCCCUUCACCAGCCAAGAGCCUGUCCCCGCGACCUCCUCCGCCGUCGUCGUCCCUGCUCCCGUUCCCACGACUUCCGCCGUCGUUGUUCCGGCUCCCGUCCCCACGACCUCCGCCGUCGUUGUUCCGGCCCCCGUCCCCACGACCUCCGCUAUCCCGGCCCCGGUUCCUACCACCACGGCUAAGGCCUCUUCCUCCGCGCCCGCCCCGUCGUCUUCCGCUCCCGCCACCGGCGGUGGCCUCGGCGGCAACAACGGUGACCACUGGGCCAUCACCUACACUCCCUACUCUGAGGACGCCUCCGGAUCCUGCAAGUCUGCCGAUCAGGUCGACUCGGACAUCGCCCUCAUCAAGAAGUCUGGCUUCAGCACCAUCCGUAUCUACUCCACCGACUGCAGCACUCUUGAGAACGUCGGCGCUGCCUGCGAGAAGUACGGCCUCAAGAUGAUCAUUGGCAUCUUCGUCAAGGAUUCGUGCGACCCCCAGUCGGCCGACAUCAAGUCCCAGGUCGACGCCAUCGCCAGCUGGAAGAGGUGGGACAUGGUCGAGCUCGUCGUUGUGGGUAACGAGUGCAUCUUCCAGGGCCGCUGCAGCGCCUCCUCCCUGAAGCAGCUCAUCAUCGCCACCAAGGCCACCAUCACCGCCGCCGGCUACUCUGGUCCCUACACCACCGCCGAGACCGUCGGUGUCUGGCAGCAGACCGAUGUCGCGUCUGAGAUCUGCGACGUCGUCGACAUCGUCGGUGGCCAGAUCCACCCCUACUUCAACGCUCAGACCGCCGCCACCGACGCCGGUACCUUCGUCCAGGGCCAGAUCGAGCUCCUCGAGAGCUCCAGCAUCUGUGGCAGCAAGCCCGCCCUGAACCUCGAGUGCGGAUGGCCCUCUAGCGGUAGCUGCAACGGUGUCGCCUGCCCCGGUACCUCCGAGCAGGCCACCGCCAUCGUCUCCAUCAAGGAGCACGCCGGUAACAAGACCGUCUUCUUCUCCUUCCACAACGACUUGUGGAAGGCCCCUGGUGCCUGCGGCUGCGAGCAGUCCUGGGGCUGCGGUCAGCUCUUCUUCUCCUAAGUGGGAUGGCGGACGACUGACAGGACGGAAUCACGAUCAAAAAACACUCACCCGACGUUUGGACACGACAAAAGAUACCUUCCCCGGGAAACCCCCGACGUUGAGGCUCCGAGAGAAAGUAACCAACGGUGUAUCAUGAAAGAACGAAAAAGAAAGGCAUGUCCCACACCACACACGCCCUCGACGGAAUCGAUCCCCUUUACGUUUCAUCCAAAGUGCGAACAACGACAAUUUCCGGAUACCCCUCGGCCCA